GGUCAAAUGAUUAUGUAUAGAACUUUCGAGUGUUGCUUACAAUCACUUCAAGAUCAACUCGACAAAUUGCAAGCAGAAGAGGAAGGUUUAGGAUUUCGAUUAAAGACAGUUCAUUUAAUUAAGG